GUCAAAAACCCAUUUUACAUGGUGGCAUAACAAAAUUAGAAUGGUGACAAGAUGGGAAAGAAUUCUCUAAAGAGGACCCAGAACUGAUUCUCACGCGUAUGAGCUGGUACUGCCGUUGAAGUUGGCGCCAACGGCUACCAGAGUUUGUUAUUUGAAGCCAAUUAACCGCGCAAUUGUCUCUUGGCCUUCCCUUCUCAUCUCCCCCUUCUCUCUCCUUCUCAGAAACCCUACUUCCAUCUCUUGCACCCCCUUUUUCAACUCAUCAUUUUCUGUCUCCAGUUUUUAUUUGAUUGCUUAGAUUGAUCUCUAUUCUGGGCGACUUCCGAUUUUUAGCAAAAUAAUUUGCAGUUAAUCUUCUAAGUUUCAUGCUUUACGUCUCGUUUUGUGUCAAUUCUUCUGGGAAUUUAUGUAAAGGUGCAGGUAAGACUACAGGAUCAACAAUUUUCUGGGGACUUAUUGGAGAGAAUAAUUGAAAUAUCAUCACCCAAAAAGCUCCUGAAAACGCAUACAGAAAGAUUGAGAUUGCUUCAAGUUCAUUCUUUCUUGUGUAAGAAUACUUAGUAUACCAGCCAGCAUAGGACCUAGGAGACCUGGGUCUAAUCCGAUUGCAAGUAAGAAAUGGAAGUUAGAGGUGAUUCCCCUAGUGAAGUCAAUAAGAGGGCCUCUUCUACACCAGAUUCUUUAGAGGAAUCAAAUCUUAGUAAAAGUAAUGUUCGUAGUAAUUCCCUUGUCAUAUCUGAGCAAGCUGCUCCACUGACGCCGCCGUGGCCUGUAUCAUCACUAGAAGCUCAUACUCAAAGUGGUGUUGAUGGGAGCAUGCAAAAUGGAUCAACAACCCAAUCCCCUCCAAUUCAAACAAUGGGGCGAUCUGGAGGCUAUGACCCGAACCGGAUUCCAUCGUCUGUUUUUGCUAGUAAACCGACAACACCUUUGGAAUGGAGUGUUGCUUCAAGUGAAUCAUUGUUUAGCAUUCACGUGGGAAAUGCCAGUUUCUCAACAGAAUUUGCCCAGUUGGGUAAGUCGGGAGAAUUGACCAAGUCUCAGGAGUUGAUCUUUCCAUCUGGCCUGCCCCCUGUUACUGAAGCUGCAGAUAUGGACAGGAGCAGCCAAGAUAUGGAGAAGGGCUCUGGAGUAAGAGAAAGAUCAUCUCAAACCGCAAAAGAAGUUUUUAGGGAAAAUGCAGAAGAUCAUGGCAAGGAAAAGAUGCCUCCUGCUGAAGGUUUCCGGAAUUCUGCUAGCUCUCAUCAUUCUGAUGGAAGUAUUAAUAGCACCCUCUCUUUUGCAUUCCCAGUAUUGGACGGUAAUGGUGGAAGAAGCAUCUCAGUAAAGGUGGACACAGAGAAGCACCAGCAUCAGGAGCAGCCACAGCCCCAGCCACAGCCACAGCCACAGCCACAGCCACAAUCAUUGCCACAUGCCCCUGAAGCAACCCAAAAUGCUGCUGCAACCAAAUGGUUCUCUUGCUUCUCUUGUUGCUCAUUCUGUAGUUGAGGGAGAAAGCCAUAGGAGAAAUCCAUACCUUACUCCAUAACAAUUACCAAGUGCCUUCCCUCUUUCUCCAAAAUGCCUGCCUGAAUUGCCACCAGAGUUGAGAUCUAAAAAGCUGGGCCUUCAAUCCUUUCUGGCUUAUUGCAUCAUUUCAGGCAUUCGGAGCACUAGCAAAAUACAAAGAAUCAUAGGUUGCUGCUAAUCUUUCUUUCCAUCUGUAUUGGGCAACUGGGUUUUGCAUUGAAAUGGGGGAUGAGGAGGAGAAACUAAGAUGGCGAGUAAUUGAAGAUUUUACAACAUGUUGAACAUUCAGGAUAAACUUGGGGUUAGGCUUUGAUUUAUUAGUUAAUCCCAAUUUGUAUCUUCAUAUAGUCCAUCUCAGUUGGGGUUAGGCUUUGAUUUAUUAGUUAAUCCCAAUUUGUAUCUUCAUAUAGUCCAUCUCAGUCCAUGCUCCAUCCGUCCAUUCCUUCAGUUUGUUGUCUGCAUGUGCCAAU